GGGGGUGGGAGGAGUUGGUGACUGUUAACCAAAGUGACAACAAGGGUUUCACUUCCCUGGGUCCUUCAUCCUCGACACCGUACUCCGUACUCCAUACAUGCUGACUAUCCAGCUUGGAAGAUGCCACCUGCAUUGAACACCUCUAAAAGAAAGUUCUACAAGCUCUUGGACGGUCUCUCGGGCUCCCAGACUACCAUCUCCGGAACGAAGAGGAGGAACGAUAUAUCUCGCCCAACAAGUUCGGUCGAACCAGAGCCUCCUACCAAGCGGUCGCGCCUCUCCGCCGAGUCAGAUCGGAAGUCUGAUAGUGGUGUUGCUCGACCUAAUUCAGAGCCCAUAGCAACUACGGCGCCGUCACCUGCAAAGUCACUGCGCGAGCUCGCGAAGGAGCGCGCUCAGAGGAGGAGGGAGGCGGAAGAUGCGGAAAGGAAUGCGAGAGUGUCGCUCGAAACGGCCGCGGAUAUUCUUCCAAACUAUGCGCCAUGGUCUCAGAUACAAUUCUUCUCCCGCUUGAAGACCUUCGCCGAUAUCAAGCUGUGGCUUCCGAAACCCGACAAGAUCAAUGAGGUUCAAUGGGCAAAACGAGGCUGGGUCUGCGAUGGGAGAAACACCGUCGCUUGCAAGGGCGGAUGUGCUGCAAAGGUAGUUGUGGACCUGUACAAUCCUGGGCAGGCGGAAGAAGACUCAAAGGAGGUUGAUGAAGACGAAAUUCUGGAACAACUGAUCGAGAAAUACGUCGAGCUGACUGUGAACGGUCAUGAUGAGCAUUGCCUAUGGCGCAAAGCUGGAUGUAGAGAGGAUAUCUACAGAAUGCGAAUCAGUGGUAGCACUCUGCUGCAGGCGGAAUUGCGCGGACGCUACCAUUCUUUCACUUGUACCGGCUCAAAACAGCUUCCGCAACACUUCCAUUCGACAUUCAAACGAAAUACCCCCGGCUUGGAGAAUGAGGAAGACCUUGAUAUCGAGGCCAUCGUCCGUGAUGUCGAACCUAUAAUUCUGAAUGGAUCCUCUGAGCACAACUUAAAUCCUCGGAAAUCAAGCGUGGCCGGUACUGAGCUCCUGUCUGAAUUGCAGUUAAAUCGAGCGGCUGCAAUAUUGGCUUUCUUUGGCUGGACCGGCACAGCCAUUCAACGCAUUCCGAUGGCAACCUGCUCGCAUUGUUUUGCGCGGAUAGGUUUCUGGCUAUACAUGGACGAUUCUUCCCUUGAGAACCCAAGGCCAAGUACUGACGAGCCCCUCGAAUUCGACCCCACAAUGCAUCGCGACUAUUGUCCUUGGGUCAAUGCAGACUCUCAGUGCGCCCUUGGAAAAUUCAAAGGUUUAAAUGGUUGGGAGAUUUGCGCGGAGUUCCUUCUCACAGACGCACGAAGAAGACAGCAUGCCGAGAAACGUAGAGAAGAAGCACUGGCGGCCAGUAUGCCAGCAGCUCAUGUGAGCGAGGAUGAGGAUAGGGAACAGGAGGCAUCGAAGCCUAAUCGAGAAGAGAUCGAGCAGCAGGAUCGUGUGAGGGAUUCGAAAUUAAGGAGAUUGAAGGCAGCAUUUUCCGUCCGGCGGCCCAAGUUAUCGAAGCGCGUUGCUGAACCUGCUUGAAUGUACCAAUUCCGAUCAUAGCAACGAACUCCUGGAUCAAAGCACGAAAUCGUAUCGUCAAACACCACGCAUCAGAAGCGGGCCGGCUGAGCAAUGGACUGUCUGCCGCGGAAAGGUUUCAACUUUUAACAGGAUAUGAGUACAUAUUUAACGAAUUAUUCAAACCCCGGUGCUACCUAUUGUCCAAAAUAAUUCACACCUUGGAACCCAAGUACGUGAUUUAUAUCUUAGCCUUCCCAAUUGCCUUCUGGCUCAGCUUGAGCGCCUCACGCACACCAAGGUCAAUCAUCACGUCCUCUGAUCCACCUGCAAAGAUAUUAGCCCAUGAAUUACCGGUGAACGUAUCUUG